CCUCUCUCUCUCUCUAAAGUCAGUGCGUAUGUGAAUGGUGAACGGAAACACAAGCAUUGACACAAUGUUGUGGUUCAGAUCGAAGCCUUGUUUUCUUCGUCUCUUUUUCUUUCUAUUUCUCUUCGCUGUGUUAUUCAUUUCUGCCUCACCGAGUUCUCAUCCUCUCCAUUCUGUCAUCCCCGAUAGUGUGGAUUUGGUGAGCUUAAGACCGUAUCAUGCGAAGCUGACGCAGGAUAUGAGGAGACCACUGGCCGACGACACUGCGGCCAAAACGUCUCUCGUGUUGGCUCGGGAAAGAACUCGCCGGAAAGAUCCGCUCGACCAUUUUAAUCUUUACAAUGGCGGUUGGAAUAUCAGCAAUCAACAUUAUUAUGCCUCAGUAAUUUUUACUGCGGUUCCCUUCUUUGUCAUUGCGGCAGCCUGGUUCGUGAUGUUUGGGCUUUGCUUAUCCCUCAUCUGUCUGUGUUACUGUUGUUGUCCUACAGAGCCUUAUGGCUAUUCUCGAGUAGCCUAUGCUUUGUCCCUGAUCUUCCUCAUCCUUUUCACCCUUGCGGCAAUAGCUGGAUGCGUUAUCCUGUACACUGGUCAAGGAAAGUUUUACACCAGCACCUCAAAAACUCUAGAUUAUGUUGUGAGUCAGGCUGACUUCACUGCUAAAAAUCUCAUGAGCGUGUCGAGUUAUCUUGAUACAGCUAAGGUGAUUGGAGUUGAUGCAGUUUUUUUGCCACCAAAUGUUCAGAAGAACAUCAACGAUGUUAAAUCAAAAAUAGACAAUGCUGCUGCCACGCUUUCUAGCCAGACUAAGCAGAAUUCAAAGGAUAUACAAAAUGGCAUAAAUGGAAUGAGAUCGACUCUGAUCAUUGUCGCUGCUGCUAUGCUCUUUCUUGCAUUUCUUGGAUUCUUAUUUUCCAUGUGUGGGAUUCAGUCUCUUGUAUACUUCUUGGUUAUUGUUGGCUGGAUUCUUGUUGCUGGCACAUUUAUUCUGUGCGGUGUAUUUCUAUUUCUUCAUAAUGUCGUGGGAGAUUCAUGUGUUGCUAUGGAUGAGUGGGUUCAGCACCCUACAGCUCAUACAGCCUUGGAUAAUAUUCUUCCAUGCGUGGACAAUGGAACAGCCCAGGAAGCCUUAUUCCGAAGCAAGGAAGUGACAUACCAACUUGUUAUGAUAGUUGACUCCAUCAUUUCCAAUGUCACAAAUAGGAAUUUCCCAUCUUCUGCUGGACCCCUGUAUUACAAUCAAUCAGGGCCCCCAAUGCCUUUCCUUUGCAGUCCAUUCGAUUCUAACCUCACACCCAGGCAGUGUGCCGUUGGGGAAGUGACCUUGCAUGACGCUACCAAGGUUUGGAGGAAUUACACUUGCCGGGUCUCAUCAUCGGGCAUUUGCUCCUCACCCGGCAGGAUGACCCCAGCCAUAUACUCCCAAAUGGUAGCGGCUGUGAAUGUGAGCUAUGGCUUGUACCAUUACAGUCCAUUUUUAAUCAAUCUGGCGGACUGUAGCUUUGUCCGGAAAACAUUCAAAAACAUCAGCAACAAUUACUGCCCCAAUCUGCUGAAAUAUAGUCUCUGGAUUUACGUUGGACUGGUCGUCGUAUCUGCAGCUGUAAUGCUGUCUUUAAUCUUUUGGGUUAUCUAUGCAAGAGAGCGCUGGCAUCGUAUUUACACCAAACUGUUCGUGAUUAGACGGUUCUAAGACUUCGGCACCAGAAUAUGUUGUAACUCGGGAGCCAUGCCACCUUAUUUAGAGCUAUAGCACCUAAACUUUCUGAAGAUGUGGACAUAUGGAACCCUUCCUCACGGAAGAAACUGCUAUUUAAUUCUAGGGUUAAGCUCAAAAUGUCUCCAUGAAUUUAUGUGUCACCCUGGAACAAGUGUUUCGUAUAUAGAAUAAAUAUAUGCUAGUUUAUAUUUUACGAGGGACUAGUUCAAUAUACUUCCACUAGAGUGACGAUGGUGCCUUGUUCUUCCAUUAAUAGAAAGGAGUAUAAAGUAUA